AUGAGUGCGGUAACGGAGCAGCCGUGCUAUACCCUGAUAAACAUUCCGACCGACACAGAACCGCUGAACGAGCUUCAGCUGAAGCAGGAUCUCGAGAAGGGAAGUGUUCAUACGAAAAUCGAUGCACUUAAGAAGACCAUUCACAUGAUCCUGAGCGGUGAGAGAUUACCAGGAUUGCUGAUGACGAUCAUCAGAUUUGUCCUACCUCUGCAGAAUCACACUAUCAAGAAACUGCUGUUGAUAUUCUGGGAGAUUGUGCCCAAAACCUCUGCCGAUGGCAAGCUUCUGCAGGAGAUGAUCCUGGUGUGCGAUGCUUAUAGGAAAGAUUUGCAGCAUCCCAAUGAAUUUGUCAGGGGAUCUACCCUUAGAUUUCUGUGCAAACUGAAGGAGCCAGAACUUCUCGAGCCACUGAUGCCAGCAAUAACUGCUUGUCUGGAGCACAGACACUCUUAUGUUAGACGCAAUGCAGUACUAGCUAUUUUUACCAUUUACAGAAACUUUGAAUUUCUUAUACCAGAUGCUCCGGAAUUGAUAGCAAAGUACCUAGAAGGAGAGCAGGAUAUGUCAUGCAGAAGAAAUGCGUUCCUGAUGUUGUUGCAUGCCGAUCAAAGUAGAGCUCUUGCUUACUUGGCUGCAUGUCUCGAUCAAGUGCCUAGUUUUGGCGACAUACUACAGCUGGUUAUUGUUGAAUUGAUAUACAAGGUUUGCCUUGCAAAUCCAUCAGAAAGGGCACGUUUUAUCAGAUGUAUUUACAGUUUGCUAAAUUCACCUAGUGCUGCAGUGCGUUAUGAAGCAGCUGGCACAUUAGUGACUCUUUCCAGUGCACCGACUGCGAUCAAAGCCGCAGCUUCCUGCUAUAUCGAAUUGGUUGUUAAAGAAAGUGAUAACAAUGUCAAACUCAUCGUACUCGAUCGACUAAUUGCGAUGAAAGAUAGUCCUGUAUAUGAGAGGGUGCUUCAAGAUCUUGUGAUGGAUGUACUUCGCGUUUUAGGAUCACCAGCUUUAGAAGUCAGAACAAAGACCUUGGCUCUGGCUAUGGAUUUGGUCACAACUCGUACGAUCGAGGAAAUGGUUCAGCUUUUAAAGAAGGAAGUUCUUCGGACAGCUGGCGGAGAACACGAGGAUGCUGGUAGAUACCGUCAACUCUUAGUACGAACCCUCCACGCUUGUUCCAUGAAAUUUGCGGAUGUUGCCGCCACCGUUAUUCCAGUACUGACAGAUUUUCUAUCGGAGAGCAACGAAGCGGCUGCUACAGAUGUUCUCGUAUUCGUUCGUGAAGCCAUUCAGAGAUUCGAGAAUCUUAGACCGUUGAUCGUUGAGAAACUACUAGAAGUAUUCCCUCAUAUACGGUCCGUAAAGGUACACAGGGCCGCACUCUGGAUUCUUGGUGAAUACGCCACGUCGAAGGAAGAUAUAGAAGCCGUGAUGGGCCGCAUACGUGCAGCGUUAGGCGAAUUGCCGUUGCUUGAGGCAGAAAAUAAACGUCAAGCCGGUGAAAAGUCCGAAGAUGGCAACUCACAAGCUGCGCCGACGCAACUUGUCACAUCCGAUGGAACAUACGCGACUCAAAGUGCUUUUAGCGCUACAUCUGCACGUGAGUAACUCUUUUUUUAAAUACAAGAUAUUUCAUAUAUACACAUUACAUAAUUUGAAUUAAUUUAUUAGGGAAAAGAGGAGAAGCGACCAGCGUUAGUGCAAUAUAUGAUGGAGGGCGACUUCUUUAUCGGCGCUUCCUUGGCUACUACAUUGGCAAAGCUGGCGCUUCGUUAUAAAACGCUGGAAACCAACGUCCAAAAGAGCAACAGAUUGCAAGCGGAGGCAAUGCUUGUCAUGUCCAGUAUGCUGCAACUAGGUCGUUCAGGUCUUCCUAUGAAAGCGAUGACGCAUGAUGAUGCGGAGAGGAUCUCUUUGUGCCUUAGAUCGCUCGCUUGUCCAAUACCACUUGUACAAAAGGUUUUCACCGAGGGAUGCCGCGAUGCUCUUGGCAGGAUGUUGACUGCGAAAGCGGAAGAGGACUCGCAAAACCAAAAGGCCAAGGAGAAACCGGGCAGCAUCGUCCAAGUCGACGACGCGAUUCAGUUCUUGCAGUUGAGUCGGGGAUCCGACUUAGCCGGUGGUGCCGGCGAUGUAUUCGAGCAGAGUCUCAGUGCCGCUGUCGCAGGACGACCUGGUGCCAGUGGAGACGCACCAGCUCCGAGUGUCUUGAGUAAAGUCACUCAACUCACCGGUUUCUCGGAUCCAGUUUACGCGGAGGCCCUGGUCCAUGUGAACCAGUACGACAUCGUGCUCGACGUAUUGAUAGUUAAUCAAACGGAAGACACUCUUCAGAAUUGCACCUUGGAACUGGCCACUAUGGGCGAUCUAAAGCUAGUGGAGAGACCGCAACCCAUCGUACUCGCGCCGAGAGAUUUCGCCUCUAUCAAAGCGAACGUGAAAGUCGCGUCUACGGAGAACGGAAUUAUAUUUGGAAAUAUCGUUUAUGAUGUAUCCGGAGCGGGUUCCGACAGAAGCGUUGUUGUUCUUAACGAUAUACACAUCGACAUCAUGGAUUACAUAGUACCCGCAACGUGUACCGAUGCGGAAUUCCGCCAGAUGUGGGCAGAGUUUGAAUGGGAGAAUAAAGUCUCGGUCAAUACGACUCUGUCUGAUUUGAGAGAGUAUCUUGCUCAUUUAUUGAAGUCCACAAAUAUGCGUUGUCUCACGCCGGAAAAGGCUCUUUCGGGGCAAUGCGGAUUUAUGGCGGCGAAUAUGUACGCUAAAUCGAUAUUUGGCGAGGAUGCUUUGGCAAAUUUGUCUAUUGAGAAACCAUUGAAUAAACCUGACGCACCAGUGGUCGGGCAUAUUCGUAUCAGAGCCAAGAGCCAAGGUAUGGCUUUGUCACUGGGUGAUAAGAUCAAUUCAGCGCAAAAAGGCCCGCAAACCAAGGUCGUGCAAGCCGCUUGAAACGCAUCAUCUCGAUUAAAUUCUUUGGACAUCUUUCGGACCUGUAUAUUAUUUCGCAAAUAAAUGGACUCUGUCGUUAGAUUUGCUCGUAUUGUUUAUAUUAAAAUGCGCAUUGCGUACAAUGUGUGUGCGCAUUAAUUUCAUUUCAUGUUUAACUGUAUUACAUUUCCUGUCGACACACUAUUGUAUAAGCAUACUUAUAUUAAUUCGCUACAAUGAAUAGGAUAUAUAUAUAUAGUCAAAAAAUGUAAACGAUACUUCAUCUAUAAGUCUCGUCAUCUUUUGAUUUUUUUUCGACAUAAUUAUAUGGAACAAUGUAUCCCUGUCACUUUUUAAAUAAAAUAACUUUUAAUGAAAAAA